AAUGGUGGUCCGCACGUUUCUUGUUAAGGGUUCAAUAGAUCCAGCUAAAGAUAAAAAAGGGAACACUAUGAGGUAUGAAAAUGUUUAUCUCAUCAACUGUGUGCUGUUCAAGAUGAAAAGCAGCCGAGCCUACAAAUUCCUACGAGAAAUGCAGCUCCUACCGCUGCCAGGAUUGUCUACCAUACGAAGAUUAAUGAGCUCAUCACAAUGUGUUUUGGGCUUCAACAAACUAGCCUUGGAAAACAUUUGUGAAGCAAUGUCAGGAAAAUCUGCACAUGAACGUUGGGGUGGAGUAAUGUUAGACGAGAUGGCAAAUGCCAAAGGAAUCGAUUUCGACACAUGUACUCUUACUUGGAAGGGAACUGUAGAUUAUGGUGGAGAAAUCUCCGACUUGGUUCCCAAUGGCCUUGCUGACCAUAUCCUGGUAUUUGUUUUCCGACCCUACUUAGCUGGUUGGAUACAACCUUUCGCUUGGUUCGGUACCAAAGGUGGUGCCUCUGGUACUAUCUUGGUAGAACUAAUCAUCAAAGCUUUUGCAUGCCUACACAAUCAUGGCGCAAUUGCUAAACAUGUCGUUUUUGAUGGAAAUCAAACGAACAAAUCGUUAAUGAAGCGGGGAAUUGUAUUUAACUUUACGUCAUCAACUGUACACCUUAAUUUUCUAGAUCCCCUUCCUGUAUCCCGUGAAUUAUUUCAAAAUUUUAUUCUAAUUCUUUGGUAUGGUAAUAAAAUUAUACAUUUACCCCCUCUUUUCCCUAUUUUUCAGAUGUAUAGAGCCCAUCGUGAAACCCUGCACGAUGGGAACACAUCUGAAAAAUAGGGAAAAGAGGGGUAUGUAUAGAGCCCAUCGUGAAACCCUGCAAGAUGGGAACACAUCUGAAAAAUAGGGAAAAGAGGGGGUAAAUGU